CCAGCAAUCCAAGUUUCAUACAUGUACUUCCUCUCUUAUAUAACAGCAAGUUAGCAAACCAAUAAUACCCGCAUGUGAAAGAACCAUUUCUCCUUAACAGAAAUAACCGCUCUUCAUUCGUCGCUCUCAAAAAAAAGAAAAUCAAGAAGCAUAUAUACAUCAAUAUGGAUGACAUAGAUCACACUCUAAUUGAUCUUGAAAUCACUGACCUACUUGAACAACUGAGUCUUUGUCUUGAAAAGAUCGGUCGAAGGAUCGAUGAAUCUCCCGAGGCACGCAGUGAAGUGAUCCGGGUAAUGAGGGAAGCAGCCAGCACAACCUACCAACAAACUUCAACCCAUAUGUCAAUGGCCGAGGAAAACGCUCGAGUUUAUCAUAAGCUCGAGAAGACCGUUGCAGAACUGAAUGGUUACAUUUCUGAAAAUGAUCGAAAGAUGAUUGCAUCUGCCAAUGUGUUCGUAGAAGGAAUCGAAGAACUGAAGAAAAACCGAGAAGCAUCCACAAUUCUAUUCAAUGAGUUAAUGAUCAAUAUGAGGGACAUUGGUCAAGAAAGAAACCUUCUUGAAGCACGCAAAAAGAUUGCUGAUGUGAAUCGAUGGCUGAAAGAAAGGGCCGUUGUUAUUGAUGAAACCAUGAAAGAGGAACAUAGUGGAACUGGAUUUGAUCAAUCUGCUGCUCCUGGAAGGGAGCAAGAUGUGCUUGGUUUGGGAAAUGGAAGUGAAGAAGACACAGAGGGAAGCCGAAAAGGGAACAAACCGGGGCAUGAAGAAGUCAAGAGCAUUCCGCAGGGUUCAAGUUCACCCGCUAGCGACAAGUUCUCUGUGCUUCUUGUGGAAUAUGACACUUGUGAUCGCCUAUUCAACAAGACACAGAUAAUCGAUUUUGGAAAGGAAUAUAAUAUUGGGAUGGAAGUUAAAGUGGCCAAAAGUGGACAAAAAGCUAUUCAUCUUCAUAGUCAAGGGGCUUCUUUUGACCUCAUUUUUAUGGAUAUGGAUAUGCCUGCUCAUGUAACGAGUGGGUAUGAGGCAACAACACAGCUGCGAAGCUUAUCUGGCGUGCAGAGUAACAUUGUUGGCCUCACCUAUACGCCAGAGUCUGAGCCAAUAAAUGAGUUCAUUCGAGCAGGCCACCUAGAUGGCUGUAUUGGAAAGCCACUGACUGAUGAAAAGAUUGACUCUCUCAUUCCUAUUCCAAAAGGCAGUAACUGACCCACAGCAGGGAGACAAAGGACUGCUCGAUCCAUGAGCUUUAUGAUUUGAGUUUUGGGUGUAAUAGUCCAUGCUACUUUCUUCUACAGCCUCUUUCGAGUAGAUGUAGGAGGAUAAAUGAAUUGUUGAACCAAAUAAAACAGUCAGGGGAGAAUAAAGACAAUAGUAGCUACAGAUCGGUAAGUUUCUACUACAGAUUUGACUAAUCAGAAAUCUAGCAGAGUUGGGCUACCUGACUCGA